AGAGUAUCAUUCGUCGUGAAGUCCUCGAACAGCCAACAAACCAGCAACAUGAAGUUCCUGAUCGCCUUUGUCGCCCUCUUCGCCCUGGCCCUUGCCGCCCCAGACGCUUACAUUGAGAAUUUGGAGUCCGACGUUGGACCCGAGAACUUCAACUAUGCCUAUAAGACAAGCGAUGGCCAGCAGGGAGAGGCCUCCGGCGUCCUGAACUACCCUGGAAGCGAUCACGAGUCCUUGGCUGUCAAGGGAUCCUACUCCUUCGUGGGUGAUGACGGUGUGACCUACACCGUGAACUACAUCGCCGAUGAGAACGGAUUCCAGCCCCAGGGUGCCCAUCUGCCCGUCGCCCCCUAAGUUGCCAAAGUUGAGUUGCCUUUGUUAACCAAACCGUUUCUAGUCUUUAUUAUGGAAGGACAGCAAAUAAGUCAACCGCUUAACUUGUUAAUACUAAAUAAAAAAUGAUUAUGAAACAGCAUGGUUUUUUAUUUAUGUCGAAUUUUAUGUUCAUUCUAUUUGUGAGCCUUACUAAAUUAGCGUUCGAUAUAGUUUCUAAAAAGAAAACAUUGCUUGGAAAAUUAUUAGAAUACAGACCUUCGAAUACUUGACACAUAAUCAAAAAGAAGUGGCAUAUUUUUUAUCCUUAUUAUAUCACUUAAUUAUUUUUCUAAUUGAUCCCAAAAAACUUCAAAAGUUCCAGGAAAAAAGCCGAAGUAUAUUUUAUAGACUAGUAACACUAUGAAAAAGACUUACCCUUAUUACUCGUUAUUAAAAGAAUAAACAUUUUAAG